CCAACAGCUCUUUUUUCUGAGGGAGGACUCGAAGGAUUAAAAGGCAGCAACUUCUGAGGCGAUUUGUCCCCUGAGUUAUGGAUGUUGGUGCACUUACUUCAGGCCAGAUCAGAGCUCAGAGGGAUCUAACCAGAAGCAGCAACCACCGGCUCUCCACUUGCCUUUUACCAGGUUUUACCCUUCCAGUAUGUUUCAUUUGAUAAGACAUUUUCCAGCGCCCAGAGUUUCAGUACAAUGUGCAAAUGGAUACUGACAAAUGGUGCCUCAGCCUUUUCCCACCUGCCUUGUUGCUGCUUGCUGCUGCUCUUCUUGGUGUCUUCUGUGCCUGUCACCUGCCAUGACCUCGGCCAGGACAUGCUGUCCCCGGAGGCCACCAACUCUUCUUCUUCAUCAUCCUCCUCCUUCCCCUCGUCCUUCUCCUCUCCUUCCAGUGCGGGGAGACACGUGCGGAGCUACAAUCACCUCCAAGGAGACGUGCGCAAGAGGAAGCUCUACUCUUACAACAAGUACUUUCUCAAGAUUGAGAAGAACGGCAAGGUCAGCGGCACCAAGAAGGAGAACUGCCCCUUCA